CUUCAUAAAAAAAUCACUUGGAUACUUCCUUUGUUCAAAUUUAGCUCUCUAUAAGUGUUUACAUGAAUCAAUAAAGUGAUUAUCUCAUAAAAUCAAUUUGCACCUAGGAUAAGGCGUAAGAGAUUGGAUCGAAACGGAUCCGUGACGUAGGGCGGGUGUUUUUUUGUGCCAGGGCGUCACGGUUGCAUUUUCCUUGGCGCGUCGAUCACCUGGCACCGCGUCCCACUUUUUCCUGCCAGCUUAGAACUGGGACAACCUGGAAACUGUUGCAUUCCAGUGUUGGACGUAUUGUGAUCCAUUCGAUCGUUAGGCGUGUUCCAAGUGUGUUCGUAUAAUUUAGCUUUACCUACACUGCCCAUUUUUCAAUUAAUUUUAUAUAAUAAAGCAAUGAAAAUUGUUUAAAUGUCAUUAAUGGAGGCCAAGCUUAAUGAAUCAACAAUGGACCAAAGUCAGGUGACAAGAAAACCUAAACAAGCCAUCGAUCUGUUGUCAAAAAACCCAUGAGGCAAGUCCCUGGGUAACAUUGAACGACCGGCGUUACCCAGGCGAGCGAAAUUCCCCACGAGCGGCCACAAAAGAUGCGCGACGUGCCAGCAAAUGGAUUAUAAAACGAAGCCCAAUAAACCGGACAAUCCCGCGAUCCAAUCAAAAUUUCCCGAGAUCCAAGACAUCCUAGACAAAGUCACGAAAAACGUCAAGAGGGACAUCAACGAUGACCUGAACAUCGAGCUGCCCGACAAGAAGGAACUGCAAGGAGCGCCAUCGUCGGCCAAACUGACCGGCACCGACGGCCCCGGUGCCUUCGAAGCCAUGAACAAACGUUCCAACAGCGUCGUCGAGAACAAGUACAAAAUAACCAUCACCUCCGAACGGCUGUGUCAGCUCAAGAAAACCGUCGACACGGCCGUCAAAGAGCACAAAAUUUUCACCAUGCGAGGAAACUGGGGCGUGAUAAGGCGCGAACUGCUGAAGCGCGGCUGGAUCGAAAAGUACGAGCCGCAGAACAGGAAACUGGUGAAGCCGGAGGAGGACAUAACCGGCAACCUGCCCAUGAAACAGGAGUGGGAAACUCAGAACGCCUACGUGCAGAAGUGCGAGAAAACUGUUAUGUCACGCAUGCUGCAAAACGUCGAGUGCGACCUGUACUACAGCACCAGAAAGGACCAACUCGAUUUGUCGCAUCGUGCCAGCGCCUACAAACAAAUCAGCAGGUUCAGCAGGAGCUUGUUUUCGUCCAAGGAGGGUCUGGCCUUGCUCCUAACUCAGGCCUAUUGGUAUUUGGAGCCGGGCGUUGCCUCCGUAAACUUCCCCAGGUGUUACGUCUUGGGGUUCCCGGAUCAUUUCAACAUGUUCGUCGACGAUUUUCGUAUGACCUCAUGCAUAGGGAUGCUAAAGUGGUUCUCGGAGAAGUACAACCCCAAAGAGAAAUUUUCGGUGCAAGCGCACGACGGCAAAGUACCAUUUUCAGCCAUACAAUUCGCCAUGAUAAGAUGCCAAGAGUUCGUGGACCGUCAGAAGCACAACGACAUCGACAAGGAGCUGCCCACAGUUUUCGAUUACGAGUGGGACGAGUUCCUCAAACAGUUCUACCAACUGGCCCACUACAACGGCAUGUUGGUGUACAACAAGGACUAUCUACUGACCUCCACCUACGCCACCAUCAAAAGCAUCCUGAAAGAGGUGGAGACCCACUGGCCUGAGUACGGGUUGGACGGCCGCAGGAACAUUUGGAUUGUGAAGCCGGGCAACAAGUGUCGCGGUCGUGGCAUACAGCUGGUCAAAAAUUUGGACGACGUCGAGAAGCUGAUGAACUUGAAGCAGAAGUACGUGGUCCAGAAGUACAUAGAAAGGCCCCUCAUUAUCUACAACACCAAGUUCGACAUACGUCAGUGGUUUUUGAUCACCUCCGUUCAACCACUGACCAUCUGGAUGUUCAGGGAGUUUUAUUUGCGGUUUAGCAGUCAAAUUUUCAGUUUGGAGAACUUCCACGAGUCCUUGCACUUGACCAAUCACGCGGUGCAGUGCAAGUACACGAACGUCGAGCAGAGGAGCAAGGAGCUGCCCGACAAUAACAUGUGGGAUUGUCACAUGUUCAAGGCUUACCUCAAGACUUUGAACGCAAGCGAAAAGUACGACCAAGUGAUUUAUCCUGGGAUGAAGGAGAAUAUUAUUUGUGCAAUGUUGGCCAGUCAAGACACGAUGGAUCGAAGGAAUAACACGUUUGAACUUUACGGUGCGGACUUUAUGAUAUCCGAGGAUUAUAGGCCGUGGCUAAUUGAAAUUAAUUGUUGUCCGGACAUGUCGUUUUCCACGUCCGUCACCUCCAGAAUGUGCGUCAAAGUCAUGGAGGACACCAUCAAAGUGGUGAUCGACAGGCGUACUGACCCGAAGGCAGACACCGGUUUAUUUGAACUGGUUUAUCGCCAGAAUUUUCCAAAAACUCCUCCCUACUUGGGCAUGAACCUGGCCGUCAGAGGUAGGAAGAUUUUCAGGAUGAAAUCCAAGUCGAAGCAGGAGAAGAAAGAAGAGAAAAAGAAGCGUGACACAAUUUUGGUUGGACAAAAACGAAGGGAGAUAAUCAAAAACAAGUUUAUACCAGAUAAUAAUAUACUGAAGACGUUCCCAAAAUCAGUCAAAGGUCCAGAAGCCUACAAAGGCCCACUUAUUCAGGAUCUAAUUGAGGAGUUGCACAAGACCUUCACAUACAGUGACGACAAUGGAAUUGAUUUUGUUCCAGCUCUGCCGACGAUCUCCGGGAAAAAGGAGGACAAGCUGGACACGAAAAUUAAGCGUAAAAGAAAAUGAUGGCGAAGGAAAGAAGUUGGUGAGGAGCAGGCCGCAACAACUGCUCAGCGGUUGGAAUGGCGUCAAGCUGACCAAUUUUAAGGACACGUGGGAACAACAGACUAUUAGCAUAUUAAAGGGCAAAAAUGUAUUUUCUAAUUUUCCGGUGAGUGAUACAAAUAAAAAUUUUUUAGCCAA